GAACACAUCAUUCAAGCGCAUUUCUUCAGAGUGAAGUGCUUAAAAGUGCUGAUCGAUAAAAACAAGGAAUAGUGAUCAGAAGUUCUCAGAGAUUUACUGUAUAUUUUGAGAAAAAAAAUUUAAUUUUGAUUAAAUUUUACGUGAAAAUGAAGGUCCAAAUGAUCUACAUCAUUGCCCUGAUUUUGAUCGCGCAAACCCUGCAUGCGAUGGUCAUCGAAAGUCGGGAAAAUGGCGAACAGUUAUUGCAUUUCGGUUUCCAAACAGAGAAUGGCCAAUCGCGCACCGAAGACAUUAAAUACAACAACACCCAAAAUGUGAUAAGUGACAAUCGUGAGGAGGCGAGCGAUAAGGUUGUAGCGACCGUGAAACCGGUGGAAUAUCGUGGUGGUUACAGUUUCAUCUCUGCCGAUGGCUACGAGUACACCGUGCUCUACAAAGCGAACAAGAAUGGCUUCCAACCCUACGUAACUGCACGCAAGAUACAUAACGAUAAAGUUUGAGCAGAAAAAGAAAUCUUAUAAAAGAAGCUAUAUGAAUAUAAUUUAAAUCUUUUGCGAGUAUUCGUAUUAUUUUUUAGUGCUACUGUAAAGUUUACUUGUGUACACGUAUUUUAAGUUGUGAUAAUGAAAUACAUUUAGGUUGUUGUAUUGUAUAUUGCGGAAUUAUGGCGCAUGUUAAUACUUGUA